UUGAGAAUAGGCCGUGAUCGACGAUCGUUAGGCAUAAGCUUAUGACAGCAUUACGCAUUUGGUUUAGCUUUCGUUCACCAAAAUGAACAGUUUAUAUUUUACAGGCACUUUUACCGUGGUCUGUGCUGAAUGAAACACCAAUAAAGCAUGAGUAUUGCUCUGCCAGUGCAAUUCCGCUGUUUUGUAUAGCGCACGGAUGAGCAUAUGUGAUCAACCCUAUUGUGGCUAUCGUUGCACAAGCGGGCUGCCUUUGACGAAUAUUGUGCUUACGCUCAUCUUUCAUCGCCACACGUCCAUACGUUCAGUUUGAACCAUAAUGGACAAGUACGUUACCAUCGAAGAAUUUCGAGAGUUGAGAAAAAAACUGUUCACAGACGAGCAUCCGCACACGUUGGGCGAGUACGAAGGAGUGCAACUAGAUUCCGGCAUUUGUGAAAUGAUGGAUGAGCUCAAGUCAUUCAAGGUCAGAGCCGACGACUGUUGGAUCGUCUCUUACCCAAAAGCAGGUACAACGUGGGUCCAGGAGAUCGUGUUUUGCGCAAUGCAUGAUGGGAACCUGCAGGAAGUCAACAAGACACACACUAAGUUGCAGGUGCCGUUUCUGGAGCACAGUAUGCCCGAGGAAGUAAGGCGGCUCAAAAACCUUCCACCGACUCACAGAAUAGCGGACGAGAUGCCUUCUCCCAGAGUCAUCAAGUCCCACCUUCCUGGCCAGCUCCUGCCUCCACAAAUCUGGACCAAGAAAGCCAAGAUCGUCUACGUCAUCCGCAACCCAAAGGACUUGAUGGUGUCUUAUUUCUACUUCGAGAACCUGUUAAAUUUGAAGGGCGCAGGGCUACCGUUUGAGGAGUAUUUAGAAUACAGAAACUCAAACAAAGCAAGUGAAGGAUCAUGGUGGGACCACUACUUGUACUUUUGGAAGAGAAGGCACCAACCCAACGUUCUGUUGCUACGGUUUGAAGAUUUGAAAAGAGAUCUGCGAGGAAACGUGGAGACAAUCAGUCGGUUUCUGGGCAAGGCUCUGUCUGCCAAGACACUGGAUGACAUCACGGAGCAUUGCUCAUUCGACAACAUGAAGAGCAACCCCAUGAUCAACCCUGACUACUUACUUUCAACCGACGAGAGACCUGGCCGUUCCUUUAUGCGGAAAGGUAAAAGUGGGAGUUGGAAGACCCACUUCACUGUGGCGCAGAACGAAGCCAUGGACGCCCUCAUUAAGGAGAAGCUGCACGGUACCGGACUCACCUUCGAUCACUGACCAAUCAGAUUGCAUUGAUUUGUUAGAGCUAGCCAAUCAGGCAUUGGAACAGUACAGCGAUGAAACAGAAAAGGCGUUAUGCCUACUUACUCUGAACGUUACUAAUUUUACUGAUAGAAGUGAAGCCAGAUAACCUUUCAUUUGAGUAAAAGUGUAUAGGACCUACCCCAUUAAAUUAUGACAUAAAUCGGCAACAAUUCUCGAAUAAAUGGUUGAUAAUUAUUUUACCUUUGACAUAUAAAUUGUCCCCGGCUCAGAAUUUGAUCUUUUUGUCUUUGGAACCAAUGGAGUGCCCGACUUCAAAACGAGACCUGCAUUCUCUCCCCAAUGCUGCAAAAUGUUACCAUACCUACGCCAUUGUACGAGUCAUGUAGUAGAACACUUGUAAUUUGUUUCUCAUAUUUGCUCUUUCACGGGACAGUAAAUAGUGUUUAUAUGUUUACAUGUGACUUUUAGCCUUCGAAAGGUAAAUACAAUUUGCGAAUUUCAAUCACAAUAAUAUGGAAUUUAAAAUCCAGUGCAACCUUUUUUUUCUCAACGUCCUCUAAGUGAGCUGCUGUUUAUUGAUGUUCAAAUACAAGAAACUGUUCCGGUAAUUACAAGCUCGCUGACCUCAAAAUCACAUUCAAAUGACUCUUCAACAUUUUUUUUUCGAUUUACCCAAAAGUUUAUUUACACCAGAAACCCAUAACAUAACAAAAUAUAACUUUCGUAUUAACUUUUACCUAUAGGCAUGUACAUGUACGUGAUAUAAUUUACCAAUAUACAAAUAAUGAAUGUUCAUGAGUGCACUGGUAAGAAUAAUUUCAUGAGGUGACAGAUGGAUGUUCCACACCACGAGGCUAAGCAGAGUGUAAUGGAACAUUCCACCUGUCACCGAAUGAAAUUAUUCUUUCCAUUGCACGAAUGUGAAACAUUAUUUGUUUUUUACAACACCUGAAUACAUUUCGUCAUCUGAUUGGUCAGAGCCGCCACCAAUAGUGUGAGCCUUUUUUAUCUUUUAUUUAUCGUGGAAUAGAACUUCUAUUUCUGCAGUGCGGCCGGGUCGUGGGUUGGUACGAAUAAUUAAAUGACAUGUGAUCAAGGUCCAACCAAUCAGAUGACGGGGAUUCAUCAGGCAUUGUACAGGUGGAUAAAAAAACGAAACCGAGAUAUUAUUGCUAAUUGGAAUAAAAAUAGGGCACAUGAGAACUAAAAGGAGAUAUCCUCUGUUAGGGUUGACUCUCCUCUUUAAAAUGACACCCUGAUCAUGUCAUUACAUUCACGGUCGACUGAGCAGUGACCAAUUUAAUGAAAGGAUCUAUUUAGAGAAUUGCGCCACCUGCCUUGAUUUGCAACCAUUGCCUAAUUUCACUCUGUAACAAAGGACACCACAAAAACCACAAUCGAAAAGUGAUUUCACCAAGAAGAGUGGCGCAACUCUCUAAAUAGACCCUUUCAUAAAAUUGGUCACUGCUCAGUCAACCGUGAAUGUAAUAACAUGAUCUACUAGGUGUCAUUUUAAAGGGGAGAUUCAACCCUAACAGAAGACAUCUCCCUUUGAUUCACAUAUAUGUCCUACUUCAGUUCUAAUUAGCAAUAAUAUCUCGGUUUCGCUUUUUUAUCCCCCUGUAUAAUAACAUUAGUGUGAAUGAAUAUACAGAACGAUACAAUACAAUGCUGAGCCUAAACUGUAUGAAUGAUAAUACAUCUAGCUCUUCAACAGGACAGGGAUAACACUUUUUAAGCUACACGUAUAUCUAUACCAACCAGCUUAAAUCGUAUACAGUGAAAUGUAUAACGCAGGAGUGCUACAGUUUACUGAGUUAAUACAAAUGACAAUGGGAAUUCCUGAUAUGUUCUGCAUAGCAUUAAAACCUAAACUUAUAUCAUUACCAAAAACUUGCGAUUUUAGUGUUGUAAUAUGGUGUUUAAGCUCAACUAUACGAAGCUGUUUCAUACCAGUUUAAUACUUCAACGCAUAUGAGGUAUCUGAAAACUAAAGUCAAACCAAUAGCGAGUUGUAAGCGGAUGGCUAAUGGUUCCUCUUCAACCUCACAGAAAAUAAAUAUUCAUCCUUAAGAUAUUAAUCAAAUCGGCAAGGAUAGACUUAUAUAUUGAGGCUAGUAUUAAAUGGGCCUGAUGAAAUUAUCCUAUUUUUAUUAUUAUUGUCGUUUUUUUUACAUUUAUUUCAUCCACCAUCCAACAGCGCAAGCAUCAGAAACGGAUGGAUACAUUGAUUAAUUUACAAUAAAAUGACAACAUUUCAUUUAAACACAA